GGGAAACUUCUUCAUUUGUUCAAUGUUUCAGUGCUCUGAUUACAUUUCAAAUGAAACAGCUUUAAAUGCUGGAUUCUGUGGUGAUGAACAAUGAUUAAUGUGACUUCAUUUAAAUAAUAAAAAGGUUGAUUUGGUUGUAAUUUGCGUUUUGGAGACAAAACCACUGCAAAAGGUAGAAAACGUUUUGUUUUAAAAAUCAUCAAAAUUAGUCCAAUUCUGUGCAGGAAAAUGCAAAUGAAAGAAAUUGAAAUUUUUUGUUUAGUGAAAAAACGGAUAAAUUAUUGUUGUUAUGCUUGUUGACAAAUUGACAUGUAGUUUCCUUGUCAAAAGAGCGAAAGAGGCUUCCAAAAAGAGCAAGUUUUGUGCUGCGAGGAGAGCAGCUUGUGUCACUUCUUGCAGUGUGCUCCGCUUCCUUCACCUCCCCGGCAGCUUUUAGAAAAUCUAUCACCAAACGAGAUGCCCGAGACGAUCCUCCAUCCUGACCAGAUCAGGUUAUUAUCAAAGUGAUAAAUCGUCCCAAACUUUUUUUUUUCUUUUUUUUUUUUUCCUCCUGGCAGUUGCAUACCGGCAGAUUUCAGGCUGUGCGCAUGUGCGAAGGUGUCCAGACUGACAAUGCUGGAGAGAUAGCGCGUUUGGAUUGAGAAACCCAGAGAAAAAGGACAGAGAAAAACCCCAAAAAGGGAAGAAAAAAAGGAAAAAGAUUCAAGAAAAAUCCAAACAAAGCCACGCCGAGAGACUGACAACAUGAGGUCCAAAGGCAGGGCGCGGAAACUGACCACGAGUGACUGCGACGAUAAUUUUGCUCUUUAUCCAGCUGACAUCUUAGACGACAUAUGUGGCUCUGAUGGUGAUCCCGCGCUGUCUUUGGCCCUGGCAGAGGACCCGGCUUCGUCCCCGUUUUCUGAUGAUGAGUCUUCGCUGCAACAUCACAUAUCAUUCCAGCACUCAGGCGGCUUCUUACCCCAAGAAGAUGGGACCAUUCCUCUGGACUUUGAACUGCGCGAGUCCGCAGUUGCAGGAGGAGGUCUCGGCAUUUGGAGCCGCAGGAAGGUGAAGGUCGGGGAGCGUUUUGGACCGUAUGAAGGAGAGCACAAGCCUUGUCUUCAAGACCCCUCUCAAGGCUGGGAGAUCCUGGAUGGGUCCGGCCAUGUCAAAUUCUGCGUGGAUGCCAGCAAACCAGAUACAGGGAGCUGGCUGAAGCACAUCCAGUUUGCCCCCACGGCCACACAACACAACUUGACAGCGUGCCAGAUAGAUGAUCAGAUCUUCUACAAAGUCACCAGAGAAAUCUUUCCCGGUGAAGAGCUGCUACUUUUCAUGAAGGCAGAGGAGUAUUCAUGCGACACAAUGGCUCCUGAUAUUCACGAGGAGAGGCAGUACCGCUGUGAGGAUUGCGAUCAGCACUUUGAGUCCCGCAACCAGCUGCUCGACCACCAGAAGCAGCCAUGUGGGGGGCCGCCUUCUUCAUUCCUCAACUCAGGAGAGGACAGCGGGCUAAAGGACCAUGAACCCGAGGACUUGCGGCCCUACAGUUCUUCCCAUGGUUUCCAGGAGUGCAAAGAGUGCGAUCAGGUCUUCCCUGAUGUCCAGAGCCUGGAGGCCCACAUGCUCUCCCACUCCGAAGAGAGGGAAUAUAAGUGUGAUCAGUGUCCCAAGGCCUUCAACUGGAAAUCAAACUUGAUCCGACAUCAGAUGUCGCACGACAGCGGCAAACACUACGAAUGUGAAAACUGCUCAAAGCAGGUGUUCACAGACCCCAGCAACCUACAGAGGCACAUUCGCUCGCAGCACGUGGGGGCGCGUGCCCACGCCUGCUCUGACUGUGGCAAGACGUUUGCAACGUCUUCAGGCCUCAAGCAGCAUAAGCACAUCCACAGCAGUGUCAAGCCCUUCAUGUGUAAGUCACUAAGACCCUACCUAUGUGAAGUAUGUCACAAGUCCUACACCCAGUUCUCUAACCUUUGUCGGCACAAACGCAUGCACGCCGACUGCCGGACACAGAUCAAAUGCAAGGACUGUGGACAAAUGUUCAGCACCACGUCAUCCCUGAAUAAGCAUCGGCGCUUCUGUGAAGGCAAGAAUCAUUUCACAGCUGGGGCCCUCUUUGCCCAGGGUAUGCCACUUCCAGGCACUCCUGGUUUGGACAAAGCAGCUCUUGCCAUGGGUCACAGCAGUGCGGGACUUGCUGACUAUUUUGGGGCCAGCCGCCACCACAGCGGGCUUACUUUCCCUGCAGCUCCUGCAUUUCCUUUCAGCUUUCCAGGCCUCUUUCCUUCUGGACUAUAUCACCGGCCUCCACUCAUUCCAGCCACAACAUCGCCCAUCAGACAGCCAGCUCAUGCAUCUGUGGCAGGGCCUGGUACAGAGGCGAGCAAAAGUCCUCUGCUUCCUCCGAGUCCCGGAGCUGUCGAGUCUCGCGAGCUGCUGAAAGCUCUGGGUAAAGAUUGUUCACCAGAAAAGGAGAAACUCGACUCAGAGCACCACAACCAGGGUUCAUCAUCGUCCACAAAGCAACGAAACAAGCAGAGCGACCACUCUGAAAGCAGCGACCUGGACGAUGUCAGCACACCCAGCGGAAGUGACCUGGAGAGUACAUCAGGCUCUGAGCUUGAGAGUGACUUGGACAGUGAGAGGGAAAGAGGGGCUGCUCGGGAAAACGGCAAAGGUCCCAAGAGGAAGACCAGUGAGGGCGAACCUCAGAGCCACGGUUUGAUGGGCAGCAGUGCUGCCAAUGACUUUCCCGGCCCUUCCCUGAUCCCAUCCUCACUGGAUGAGCACACAGCAGUAACAGGGGCUGUGAAUGACUCUAUUAAGGCUAUUGCCUCCAUUGCUGAGAAGUACUUUGGAUCAACUGGGCUAGCUGGCUUGCAGGACAAAAAGGCUGGGUCUCUGCCCUACCCUUCAAUGUUUCCAUUGCCUUUCUUUCCCGCUUUUUCCCCACCAGUUUACCCCUUUCCAGAUAGGGACGGCAGGUCUGCGGACCUCAAAGCGGAUCCUCAGUCUUCGGGAGACGAAUGCAAAAAGGCCCAGGGAAAGUCUUCGGCUGAGUCACCUUUUGACCUCACUACCAAACGAAAAGAGGAAGCAUUAGCCUCAUUUGCCUCCUCCAAACCAGAGGCAUCGCAUCCAAAUGGACAGGAUCAGCCGCUAGAUCUAAGUCUUGGCCCCAGAGGCCACGGACGUAAACUAAAGGAGGAGGAGGUGAAGAAGAAUCCUAAUUACAAAGAUGAGAAGCGAGCAGUGGAGAUUCCCAAACCAAACACCUCCCUACAGCAUGCCAGACCUACACCUUUCUUCAUGGACCCCAUUUACAGCAGGGUUGAGAAGAGGAGAAUGAGUGAUCCGUUUGAGACUCUGAAAGACAAGUACAUGCGACCAGCUCCGGGCUUCCUCUUCCAUCCACAGUUUCGUUUGCCAGAUCAGAGAACUUGGAUGACGGCGAUUGAGAACAUGGCAGAGAAGCUGGAGACCUUUAACUCCCUAAAGCCAGAGUCUGGCGAUCUGCUGCGCACCGUUCCCUCCAUGUUUGACUUCAGAGCUCCGCCCUCUGCGCUUCCUGAGACGCUGUUGCGUAAGGGCAAAGAGAGAUACACGUGCAGAUACUGUGGAAAAAUAUUCCCUCGCUCUGCCAACCUGACCCGCCACCUCAGGACUCACACAGGAGAGCAACCAUACAGAUGUAAAUACUGCGACCGAUCCUUCAGUAUCUCCUCCAACCUGCAGCGUCAUAUUCGCAACAUCCACAACAAAGAAAAGCCUUUCAAAUGUCACCUGUGCGACCGCUGCUUCGGACAGCAGACCAACCUGGACCGUCACCUCAAAAAGCACGAGAACGGCAAUCUGUCAGGAACUGCAAUGUCAUCGCCGCAGUCAGAACUGGACAGUAGCAGCGCCAUUUUGGAUGACAAAGAAGACUCUUAUUUUAACGAAAUCCGAAACUUUAUCAGCAGCGCGGGCCAGAACCAAACGUCACCAGAUCCCUCUGAAGAAGGCAUAAACGGAGGCGCGUUUGAAGAAGGGAAGCCACUUUUGGCCAGCCAUGUGGCACGCGACCUGGAGGACGAAGAGGUGGAAGAUCUGGGUGCUGAUGAGGACGAGGAAGCAGAGGAGCCGGAUAAAAGUGACGCCAAAGGGCUUCCUGGCAACCUUGACGAUGACGUCACACAAGAUGAAAUGGACUUUAGUGAAGCGAACAACUUGAAAACAAGUUGCAAUACUUCUCCAAGGAGGUAUGAGGACGAGCAGGAGCAGAGCAGCUACUCGGCCUUGGAUCACAUUCGGCGCUUUUCUGACUUGCACAAGCUGGAGGAAAGUGAGCUCAGUGACAAAGACGGAGAUGAGGAGGACGGAUCCUUUGGCUCGGCCUCUCUGACGGAGACGGUCAAACAGCCUCUCUUUCGAAAGUCCAAGUCUCAGGCAUACGCCAUGAUGCUGUCUCUGGCCGAGAAGGACUCUCUCCAUUCGGCCACCCACACCCCGGCCUCCAUGUGGCACAGUCUGGCACGGGCCGCCGCUGAAUCCAGCGCCAUCCAAUCCCUCAGCCAUGUAUGAUGACCCUCCACUGUGUUUUCGUCCUCCUGAUCUACCGAUAGCACUGGGAGUACAUCACUGGGGCUUUCAGCGGAGGCCCCCGACCGUUCACAAGAGUGACUGCUGAGCAGAACCACGGCCCAUCUUGACUGCCUUACGCCCUGUAGGGUCAUCGCCCAUAUCAAGCAGACAAUUCCAAUUGGUUUUCUCGCAUCGCCAACCGUGAGGUGAAAAAAAAAUUGCUAAUAAUAACUCUAUUUAUUCUUGAUUUCUGUUGAAUUGCACAGCAGUGGCAGCUGACACAUCUGCUGACCGACUAAGCAGACGAAAGGCAAGAAGAACGUUUUACGCCCAGUUCUGUCGUGUCUCUAAGACAGCUGCGUUUUGGUUUGGCCUAGCAUGUUUCAGCCAAGGCGAGAUUCCCCCUCUGACCCCCCGGACGUGUGCAGAUGUUUCUCGUAAAUGUGUGGGCUCAAUAAUAAAAAUAAAAAAUAAAAUAAAAAAUGGGGAUGAAACCUCGUAAGUACAGCACUUGCAGCAUUUUUCAUAUCACUGAAGUCGUGGAGAGAACAAAUAAAACAAACAGGCCAGUCUCCCCAUCUGCGUGUGUCUGCACAAUCAUAGCACUGUACACAAGUGUCAAACAACUGUUCCCCAUCCUGUCCACCUGCCUAUCUGUGAAGGGAUAUAAAUAGAUUGUCUUUUUAGUGGAAGAGAAGAAAUCACAAUGUUUGUUUUUUUUGUUAUUAUUUACUGAGAUAAUUAGCCAGUGCUGAAGUAAAUUGUUGUUCUGUAAAGAGCAUCCGUCUUUUUUCAAACACCCUUGAAUUCAUCCUAGUUGACCAACUAUACCACUAAAUAGCCUGAAUGCUAGUCGUAAGCUCCUCCAUGCUCAUGUGUAUUUCAUUUUUAGACAAUCAUUUUCUUUUCCCUUUUUUUAUUUUAUGUGUUGUUGUUGUUAUUUGCUGUUGUAUUUUUGAGAAUUGUAUUUAUUUCUUGGCAAACUGUAGUUUGUUUACUGAAUAGCACUGCUCUUAGCCCAGGUGAAGGGGAGAUUCCCGACUGGGCCCAUCCCACAGUUCAAUGGGGUUUUUAGAUGACAUUUGAGUGCCGGAUAGUAUUACACAUACAAUUCACUCCUCGUUCUACUAAUAAAAAAGAUCUGAAAAUAGAAUUAUUUAGGUUUUUUUAUGACAAUUCAAGUGUAAAAAGGAAAAAAAUUAUAAAGGGUGAAUAGUAAAAAAAAAGAAAAAAGAAGCCAGGUCAUUUCAUUCUUAAGCGCAUGAUUGCUCUGGUAAGAUCUCUACCUGACAUUUUCUACGGUCGUCUGCUUGUUUUAUGUUCGGUUAAUCUCUUGUGCCAAACUUAUGAUGAAUAACAAAUGACUUUCAUUCAUUUUCCCGUUUUAUGGGGCAAGAUUUCCUGUUUUUUUAUGUUCUGUUUAUAAUCGAUUUUAAGAAGUAAUCAGCGAGUUGAGGUACUCUGUUUUAAUGCUUUCUACAAUGUAACUGUUAUGCAUUUCAAUUCAAUACUGUGGGAGGAACAACUAAAGAAAAUAAAGGACUACAAUGUGGAUUGACA